AUGGCUGUUAGAGGAAAAAGACUUCAUAUUCGCGGUGUUCCAUAUAAACUUGAAAGUAAAAUUGGCUACGGUUUGCAUAGUAAUGUUUAUAGUGCACGAGAUAUUUCAACAGGACGACCUGUAGCAAUAAAAAUCGUUGAAUUUGGACAUGGUGCAGCGAUUAAAGCUCGCACGGAAUCUCGACGACAAACUUUUUGGAAAGAACUUGACCUACUUUUACAUUUACAACCGUUAAAUCCUUAUAUCAUACGUGUGUUAAACUGGGAUUCUCGUGAGACAGUUGGUUUUAUUGUCAUGGAAAGAGGUAAUACAUUUCGAGAUACAUUGGUUGAAACACAUUUAUCGGGAGAAAAAUUACAGUUACCAUUAGUGAAACAAUUUUGGUCACAAAUGGUUGAAGCUAUAUACUUUUUACAUCGAAUUGGAAUUGUACAUGCCGAUGUUAAACCGGAAAAUUUCAUUCAAGUUGGACCAGAUGGUACCUCGUUACGUCUAAUUGACAUGGGUAUUAGUUUUCGUUUACCACCAUUUAUUACAAGUCGCUUAAAAACUGCAGCUGGUACACCCGGUGAUAAUUCGAAUAAAAUUGCCUUUUUAGGAAAACUGAGAAAUGAUAUUCGUAUUCCACCACAUCCAGAUCCGUUACUUCGGAGUGUUUUGAGAAAAUGCUUACGUUUUAAUCCAAGACGGCGACCGACAGCCGAAAAGUUAAUGAAACAUCCAUAUUUAACCAGUGGUUUACAUUAA